AUGAGGCCGGCUCGCACCCUCGCGACGCAGGGCUCCCUCGUCAGGGCCGGCAGUGGAGGAAUCAGCUCGCCCAAGACCCGCGGGUCGCAACUGGCGCGAUCUGUCGCAGGGCCCGUGCAGUCCCAGCGCCAGCCGGACGCCAACCCCUCUGCCAUCGAGGUCAAGAUGCCGCCACCACGACCUUCGCUCGCGCCCCCGGAGCCCGUCCCCGUGGAGCACUCGUCCGCCUACCUCGUCGAGGAGCGCCGUAAGGAGAAGGCCGAGGAGCGCAGCGCGGAGCUGGCGUCGGCCCGCGCGCCGGCGCACGACGACGAGGGCUUCACGGGCAACGCGGUGCAGUUUUUGCUGCGCAAGGGCGACAGCGUGCUGGACAGCAUGGAGGAGGAGUCGGACGACAACAAGAGCGUCCCCGUCGUGAUCGAGCGCGUCCUGGGCGCGCCCGCCGCGCGCGUGACCAGCAACGUCGCGCGGGCCGGCGCCGAGCUCACCGCGUCGGCGGUGAAGGAGGUGCUGGAGAUCGGGGCGCCCGUGGCGCGCAGGGCCGCGGUGCAGGGGCUGUCGUUCGUGGGGAAGGUGCUGCAGCGCGCGAUCGCGGAGGGCGAGGCGAAGCCGCAGGCCGCGGUGCAGAAGGUGGAGCGGCGGGCCGACCGCGAGGCGUGA